AUGGUGAACAGCAUCACCUCACAAAACGUGGUGAAACCGCUGAUGCCCAGGCCCAGUUCUGCUGAGAAGAAGAGACUUGUCAUGAAACUGAGCACGGCAUUCAACCAAAACAAACUCCUGGACACUAGUUUUGGAAGUGAAGAAGAGUUCUGGCAAAAAGCUUCUGUGAAAGGUAGAGAAGAGGUGCAGAUCCAACAUUUUAAAAAAAGACAGAAAGACCUGAACCACUACACCCAAAAAAUCCCAACCAGCAGGAAACUUGUUACUGCAACAAAAGCUGGAACUUCCCAGGUCAAAGUGAACAAAUCUGCAACAAAGAUAAGUGCAGAGGACCAAGCCCCGAGUCUGAAUGGCCCAUUUCAAAACCCAGCUGAAACGUCACCUUCCAUCCACAGCAGAAGCAAGUCUUCCAGUAUUACAAAAACAAACUCACAGGCCUUUAAUAACAUAAAAGGCAGAAACCCAAGUGAGGUGUCGUCAUCAGCAGAGAUGGGCAGCAGGGUGCCUCUGCCAGAGAAUACAGUUCUUCCAAAGGUUGGAAUAACAAUUGGAGCAAAUAUCACCAACUUCUCUCAAGGUGCAACAUGCAAGCCCAGGACUCACAUCGUUUUCCUGAAAGUACACAAGAGUGCCAGCAGCACCGUCAUGAACAUCUUGUUCCGCUACGGUGAGACUCACAACCUCACCUUUGCCUUGCCAAUCAAUGGUCUUCAUCAGUUGAAUUAUCCCCAUUACUUCACAGCCGCUGUUGUGGAGAAACUUUCUCCAGGCAAUGGUUCCCAGUUCAACAUUAUGUGUCAUCAUAUGAGGUUCUUUAAGCCAGAGGUUGCCAAAGUCAUGCUGAACACUACCUUCUACUUUUCCAUCCUCCGCAAUCCUGUUCAACUCAUGGAAUCUUCGUACACCUACUAUAAAGGGACAUCUGCAUUCUCCAAAGCCAGGGACUUGGAGGAGUUUCUCAACCAGCCUUCCCAUUUUUACAAUGCCUCAUCUACAGACAGUCAUUAUGCCAAAAACUUAAUGGCAUUUGAUUUUGGGUAUAAUCACAAUGGGAACUUCUCGGCCAAGCACAUCCAACUCAUGCUGCAAGCCAUUGAGGCAGAAUUUGACCUUCUCCUGAUCUCAGAGUACUUUGAUGAGUCAAUGGUGCUGCUGAAGGAGACCUUGUGCUGGGACCUGGAUGACAUGAUCUUCUUUCCUCUCAACAGCAGACACAACAGCACCAAGACCCCCCUUUCAGAAAGCACCACAGAGAAGAUAAAGAGCUGGAACAAGCUGGACUGGGAAAUCUAUGUGCAUUUCAAUAAGACCUUCUGGGAAAAAAUAGACCAGCUCAUUGGCAGGGAGCGCAUGCAAAAUGAAGUCAGGAUGCUGCAGCAGAAGCGGGAGCAGCUGGCAAAGAUUUGCCUUCAAGGAAGUGGCAGUGUCGCCCCACAGCUGAUCAAAAACCAGGCAUUGGCACCACUGCAGUAUGGCAAAGCAGUAAUCAUGGGGUACAAUUUAAAGCCUAACCUAGAUGAGGCAACAAGGCAGAUGUGCCAGCGCAUGGUGACGCCUGAACUUCAGUACAAUAGGCUCCUGUACAGGAAGCAGUUCCCAAAGAAAGUUUUGAAGCACAGCAAUGCAGCUGUCUUGCCUAAACUAUCUAACCGCAGGGUAGUCUGAGACAAAAAUCAGUAAGAAAUGGGCUCUGAUUCAUAUCCAGAAACCAUUAGGACUAAA